CGAGAUUUCUUCUAAACUGCGAAAGCCGCAGCGGUGGUAGCAACUUUGCAACUUGUGAAUUGGCUGCACAAAGACAUAUUUUGGGUGCCCUCCGGUUUGUCCCAGUAUGAAUUCUAAGGGACUGGUUGUCUUGAGCUUCUGCCUUCUCCUCAUUGUUUGGGCUGAGUGCCAGAAAGAAAAGCCCUCCAAAGCUACAGAGAAGAAGGUCAUGAAGGCGAUGAAAGGCAGAGAGACCAAAGUUUCCAAAGCGACUGGUAAAAAAGCACAACAGGAAGCCCCCAAGUUUCUAAAGAAAGGCCAAGCCAAACCCACCACUGCUGCCAGUCGGCAACAACAGCCCCCCUUCAUUCUGACCCGGGCAGUGGCAAGAGGGCAGUUCCAGAAGGUUCCUGACACACUGGUGCUCAGAGCAGGAGACACCCUGGACCUGCGCUGCAAAGGAAGGGCCAUCAAGUGGAGAUAUCCUCCCUACCUGGAAGAUGAUGAGGUUGAGAGGCGUCUCCGAAUCAAACGCUUUGAGAGGCACAGCCAGCUGAUAGUCGUCAACUCCACAGCAGCAGACACGGGCGAGUAUAGCUGCUGGUCAUUCCAGUGCCAUGACAGCGAGUGUCAUGAUGGAGAGGACAAGCUGAGCAAAGCAUUCAUCUUCUUCACAGACCCUCAGGAGCUAUUUGUGCCCACCGAAGAUUACUACGAAGUAAUCCAGCUGCGUACAAACCACCCCACCCUUCUGCCGUGCCAGGUGACAAAUCCAGUUGCCAAAGUGACCCUGCACCGGGAGUUCCCACCAGAGAAAGUGCCUGUGGAUGGCAUAGACAUCUCCUAUGAUGUGAAGAGAGGGUUCAUGAUCCACCGCCCACGUCCCUCCCACGCUGGCUCCCUCUUCUGCAUGGCAAAUGUGGAUGGAGUGAGGCAGAUUUCCACAAAAUAUAUGCUGAUUUAUGUGAACUAUCCGUCCUCAGUGCCCAAACCAACCAUCCAGUCCUCAGUGGCCUCCUUUCGGGUUGGAGAAAAUUUCAACGUCACUUGCACUGCGUUUGGGGAACCAGAAAUUGCCAUCGAUUUCACGUGGGAAUAUCCAGGGCAGCAAAUGGGAAGACCGCCAUAUGUCCGUGAACGCACAGAUUUGGUGCGACGCAGCGGACAGGUGCAGCAGGAAUCUGAAAGCAUCUUGUACAUUGAUGAGGCACGUGCUGUGGAUGAUGGGUUGUAUUCCUGCAUUGCCGAAAAUCUGCAGGGCACCACCACAGUGUCUACUCGGAUUCGCUUGCUUCCAGCCACACUGGCCCCAAAGAAAGCAAAGUCUGGAUAACCACCUCUGGCCUGUAAUUCUGAAAGACCCAGCUACUCUUAGAAAUCCAAAGAUUAGGGGCUGCAAUCAAAAACAAGGAUAAAACGUUGCCUUCUCUAACGUUGCCCAUUACCCCUUCUUGCUUACUCAUUAAAAUUGCAAGUGGAGUGUUUUUCCCCUCAAGAAGGGAGUAAACGUUUGCUUACAAGCUAUUGUGUAAGGUGGGGAAACUCUCUUAAGGUAUUCACAGCUUUGCCAGGCAAGGGCGUACAACCUGCUAGUGGGACCCCACCCACUUUCUCCCCUGCAUUCCAGCUAAUCAGCUGAACAGUGAGUGAGUGUGUGUGUGUGUGUGUG